AUGUUUCCUACACAUCAAUUGAGCCGAUGUUCGGCAGCAGUGGCACUGCUUUCUCUGAGCGCGUUGUGGCCAUCCGGAGCAUUUGCGGGGAGCAGCAGUGGCAACAACGACGGAUACAAGCUGAGAGAAGACAUUCCAGUAUCAUGUCUGAAUCGCACAGUUGAAGGAGAACAUAUCACCGACGACCUCGGCAAACUACAAUAUGUCCCCUUCGUAACCUGCAACGAAACCGCACGCCCUCUCUCCCUCCACUACGGCAUCUCCGAAACAAUAACCUGCACCAUCGCCUCCCUCUCCGAUGACAUGUACCAUCUCCUCGAGUUCUACGUGCACUCCGACGUCCCAAUGACAUGCCGCGUACCAACAGCACCCCUAACCCAAUCCGCCAACAGCGCAGGCCACACCGAGAAGAAAGACAAAGACGCCGAGACAUCGUCCGGCGAGGUUGACUCACUCUCCGCGCUGGCUGAUAACGGGCCGCCCUUUACACCCGUCACAAUUGCCCUUCAGGGUACACUGCAACGCAGCCACCUGCACAUAUGGACGGAUAUGAAUGUCGUCAUGCAUAACAUGGCCUCAGACGCCGCGGCCGAGCAGAAAACCAUGAACGGCGCGCAAUCCGGCCAGCCUGGGUUUGCUGUUGCUGGAACCGCGUACUCGACCCCGGAGUUUGAUAAUACUGGUAAGAACCCUCAGCUUGACGAGGACGAGGAGCCUGUUGCUCUUGCGCAGGCGGCGCGUGAGCCGUGGACGGCUGGGCAUGGGACGAAGGUUGUGCGCGGCGAGCCGCUUACUUUCUCGUUCCAUGUUGCUUGGCUGGAGGGUGGUGAUAGUAUUGGAUGGCCGGUUCGUCCUAGUUCUGCGUCUUGGUUGUCUCUGGCGACUGGGUCUGGGAAGGGAUCUGGGUCGUUCUUUUCGAAGCUGUUUUUCUUUGUGAUGGCUGCUUCUGUUGGUGCGUUGGUUGCCAUUUACUGGGAGAGGAAUGGCGGCCGCGGUCGUCCUGCUUGGCAUGGUGAUGGGCUUUUGGGUGGUACGCCUGCUAGAGGCGCGAAGAGUCCUGUUACUUUUGGAAAUGGUGGGAGAAUUAAUGGGUAUGGUGGUUAUUCUGGUCCUGCUAAUGGUAAUGGGGCUGCUGGUGCUGGUGGGUAUGGAUUUCCUACUGGGAAGAGGGAUUGA